GUCAUCCUACAUGUUAUGGACUGUUGCCCUGAGCUUGAUAUGUUUCUCCUUUUAAUUUGGCAAAAACCUUCUACUAUAUGGGAGUCUGUGGGCAGCAGUGUAGAGCCCAAACUGUGUGCUCGCCUUUGCUUAGAACACACACUUGUGCAAGAGCCGGGGGUCCAUACUAUACGUGUAUGUGAGAUGAGGAGAAGCUAAGCUGCUACAACAACCAGCCAAAUCAGACAGCCUCUUGUGCUGCAAGAUGGAUUAGAGCCCCACACCUCAGGAGAUCAAAGGUGGCUGUGACAGGGGCACCCCCGGGGCAGGACCCAUGAGGAGUCAUAGAAGAUGCUCACAGCCUGGGCGCUUCUGCUCUUCUUAGCCAUGUGGGUGAGAAGCAGCUCUGGUGGCCCGCUCUCCUUCAGAAUAGCUGCCAUCCUUGAUGACCCGAUGGAGUGCAGCAGAGGGGAGCGUUUGGCCAUCACGCUGGCCAAAGACAGCAUCAACAGGAACAGUAAUCGCUCCACCACUGGAAAGCUGGAGGUGGACAUCUUUGAACUGCUGAGAGACAGUGAAUAUGAGAUGGGGGAAACAAUGUGCCAGAUCAUGUCUAAAGGGGUGGUGGCAGUUCUCGGUCCCUCUGCCAGUCCAGCUUCCAACUCCAUCAUCAGCAAUAUCUGUGGAGAGAAGGAGGUGCCCUAUGUCAAGGUGGCUCCAGAAGACAUCCUGAAGGUUCAGUUCCCGCGAUUCACAACGCUGGACCUGCGACCAACUAACACAGACAUCAGCCUGGCCGUAGCCGGGCUACUCACCUUCUUUAACGGCACCACUGCCUGCCUCAUCUGUGCACAGGCUGACUGCUUAUUGAACCUGGAGCAGCUCCUCAGGCAGUUCCUCAUCUCAAAGGAGACUCUGUCAGUGCGCAUGCUUGAUGACAGUCAGGACCCAACCCCGCUCCUGAAGGAAAUCCGAGAUGACAAGACUGCCACCAUCAUAGUCGAUGCCAAUGCCACGAUGUCACAUAUUAUUCUGGAACGGGCAUCAGAGCUAGGAAUGCUGUCAGUCUACUACACUUACAUCUUCACCUCUCUGGAAUUUUCUUUACUCCGACUGGACGAUGUGGCAGACCAACGAGUCAAUAUAGUCGGUUUCUCAGUCUUCAACAAAACUCAUCCCUUCUUCCAGGAUUUUGUGCUAAGCCUCAACCGCUCCUGGCAAGAGAACUGUGACCAUGCACCCUUCGCUGGCACCCCGCUCUCCUCAGCUCUGCUCUUUGAUGCGGUAUAUUCAGUGGUGGCAGCCGUCCAGGAGUUGAACCGUAGCCAGAAUGUUGGUGCCACUCAGCUCUCGUGCAAGACCGCCAAGAUCUGGGAGCACGGCACCAGCCUCAUGAACUACCUGAGGAUGGUAGAAUUGGAGGGUCUAACAGGCCACAUUGAAUUCAACAGCAAAGGCCAGCGGUCUAACUACGCCCUAAGGAUCAUGCAGAACAGCAAGGAAGGCCUAAGGCAGAUUGGCCUGUGGCACUCUGAAGAUGGACUGUCCAUGGAGAGAAAGCUUCCAUCAAUCAAUGUGACAGACACCCUCUUCAACACCACUCUUACCAUCACGACAAUAUUAGAGAAUCCCUAUGUGAUGCUGCGGCAGAACCACCAAGAACUGGAGGGAAAUGACCGCUACGAAGGCUUCUGUGUGGACAUGCUAAAGGAGCUGGCUGAUAUUCUCAAGUUCAAGUAUCGCAUCCGGCUGGUGGGGGACGGAGUGUACGGCGUUCCUGGUGCCAACGGAACCUGGACUGGCAUGGUUGGGGAGCUCAUCUCGAGGAAAGCUGACCUAGCAGUAGCAGGCCUCACCAUCACAGCAGAGCGGGAAAAGGUCAUCGACUUCUCCAAGCCCUUCAUGACCCUAGGCAUCAGCAUCAUGUACCGCGUCCACCUGGGACGAAGACCAGGCUACUUCUCCUUCCUGGAUCCCUUCUCUCCGGGUGUCUGGCUCUUCAUGCUUCUAGCCUACUUAGCCGUCAGCUGUGUCCUCUUUCUGGUGGCCAGAUUGACUCCCUACGAGUGGUACAACCCCCACCCCUGUCUAAAGGGUCGAUGUAACCUGCUGAUCAACCAGUACUCGCUGGGGAACAGUUUCUGGUUUCCUGUUGGAGGCUUCAUGCAGCAAGGAUCCACCAUUGCUCCACGAGCCCUGUCCACAAGAUGUGUCAGCGGAGUAUGCAAAAACUUAUCCCUUUCAUCCAAACUGAACAUUGUCACCUUCAUCUGUACUCACCGCUACGUUCAUCCAUCCACCCUGUCAUCCUCUGAAAAUCCUGCAGUGUCUUCUUUUCUCAGGUGGGCCUUCACAUUAAUCAUCAUCUCUUCCUACACCGCCAACCUGGCUGCAUUCCUCACAGUGCAGAGGAUGGAGGUGCCAAUAGAGUCCGUAGAUGACCUGGCAGACCAGACGGCGAUAGAGUACGGCACCAUGCACGGAGGAUCCACGAUGACCUUCUUUCAGAACUCUCGCUACCAGACCUACCAGCGAAUGUGGAAUUUCAUGCACUCUAAACAGCCCAGUGUGUUUGUGAAGAGCACUGAGGAAGGAAUCGCCCGUGUCCUCAACUCCAACUAUGCCUACCUGUUAGAGAGCACCAUGAACGAGUACUACCGCCAAAGGAACUGUAACCUGACACAGAUCGGAGGACUGCUGGACACAAAGGGCUACGGCAUCGGCAUGCCACUUGGGUCAGUGUACCGUGAUGAAUUUGAUCUAGCCAUCCUCAAAAUGCAGGAGGACAAUCGUUUGGAGAUCCUCAAGAGAAAGUGGUGGGAUGGUGGCAAGUGUCCAAAAGAGGACCACCGUGCCAAAGGUCUGGGCAUGGAGAACAUCGGGGGUAUCUUCGUGGUGCUGGUGUGCGGCCUGCUGGUGGCCAUCUUCAUGGCAGUGCUGGAGGUUGUCUGGAUGUUAAGGCAGGCACCAGGAAAUGAGCAGUCAGUGUGUGAGGAGAUGCUGCGGGAGCUCCAUGGGAUCGUCUUGUGUCGAGACAGCCUGCAGGUGAGGCGUCGGCGGUCUGCUUCGAUGAUGCGGCCACGGCCUCUGCCCCUGGAGGAGCGUCGAGCACGAGCUGCCGCUGUCAGCCUCAGCAACGGGAAGCUGUGCGGAGGCACUGGACUGCCUGAACCUCUCUCACACAGACUUGCGCAGGAGGCCGCCCUGGUUGCCAGGGGGUGCAGCCACAUCCGCAUUUGCCCUGAGUGCCGGCGCUUCCAGGGACUCAGGAUGCGUCCUGGAGCGGCCACAGGGCCACUUCCUUCUCCCACGCACAGUGAGGAGAGCAUAGAGUGGGAUAAGACCACAAAUAGCAGUGAACCUGAAUAACGCCAAGUGAUUCCAACAGGACGGACUUUUCCCAGCAGCCACCUCUCUGCUUCCCAGGGAUCAGAGAUCACAUGGUGUUUUGAUUCAGCUGUUCAGAGCUUUAUCUUAAAGGGCAGGACGUUGCUAUGAACUUUGUUUGGCCCUAGAGGCACGGCAAGCUGGCAGUUUUGGAAUCUCCUUGGGUGAAUUUUUACCUUGGACAGAGGAAAAACUGAUGAGUCUGUCUGGUUGUGGUUUGUCCCUGUUGGCCCUUUGUACCGUGUAAAACAGGACGGACAAAAACAGCUAUGGGGCAUUUGUACUAUGCAGUAUUUUCAGUCAUUUAUCAUUGUGCUCUUUCUUUUUUUCUUUUUAAAUUAUUUCUGUCCUCUGUUGGAUUAUCAGUACUGAAUAUUGUUAUUCUAUUGUUCUUAAGAAGAAAACUUUAAACAAGUUCCUUUUUUUAUCUGACUAUUUACUGUAUGAACGUAUAUUGCCUCUGAAGAGCUGCAAAGACAAACAGACUAAUGCAAGGUCAUCCUUCAGAUCCUUUUAUUUUGAAAGUGCCAAAAAAAACCACGAGUGUUAACUUGUGGCUGAAGAAAGCACCACAGCCUUGAGAAGACAACAAACUGAUCCAAGAAAACAAACAAACAGAGACAUUCAGACAAACGGACUCUUUUUAUAGUAGUGAUAUUCUAUUAAAAAAUGUUUUAACUGUUGGUAUCUCUGAAAGACAGCGAUGCAUGUCCAGACGUGUAGGCAGGAGCUCACUGAAUGAUCGAUUGCUGAUGGCUGAAUCGCUGAGAGUAUGAUUUCCUGUUUUGAAUACCUGCUUCAAAUGCUGAUGGUUACACACAACGCACAUACACAACUACAGCCAUUUACUUCCCCCUUCCAUCCAUCUGACAUCCUAAUCACCAUGACACGUUUAUUGUCUCAUCACAGCUCCUCUUUAUGAUCUCUCAUUUGAAAAUAUAUUCGCUGCCGAGCACACACUCUGGGUUUUAAGUUAGAAGUGAUUUCCUCCGUCUCAUAUAUUUAAGAAUGAUUUAGGCUUCGUGAGGAUAACCAAGUGUGGGAAUGAAACCCAGCAUAUAUCAGAAUCAACCGAAAAAAAAUGCUCCCUUGUAGAGUGAAAGGGUUUUUAUAUCAGCGGUGGACUUGAGUUCGGUUAACUGUCAAAGCAGUUAAACUUUUAUUGAAAACGACGUUUUACACACUGCUUUGGAGGAGAAUUUCAUUUCAGAUCAGCUGAAGAGCUCCUUGACAUUUUUGAGCUCUUAUUUUUGAAAAAGGCCAUAUAAAUCUUACAGGGUUUUUUUUAGGUCAGAGACUGAUUUUCUGACUUGUAGACCCAAUCUAAUGUUUUGGAAAGCUGUUAAAUGAAGUGCACACCCCAGAAAUUUUAAUUUUAGCAAUUUUCCGCCUCUGAAAUCAGUUCUCAGUCUUUAUUUGCUUUAUAUAAACCAUACUUAUGUAAGACAACUAACCAAUAGUGACAGGAUUCUUAGUUUACCUUCUGCAAAGACUGUGACUUCAUGUUUUCCCAUCAUGAACCGACCUGCUUGAAGGUGUUACUGUGUGAUAGCCUGACUGUUGCACAGAGGGAAUCAGCGGUCAUCCUCAUGUCUACACUGCUCCUUUCUUAUCUCUGAUCUGUCCAUCAUUUUAAAAAUGCCCAUCAGGUUCUGUCAAUCAUCAUUCCUCAAAACUAGGCCACCAAACUCUGCACAGCUUGAAGGUACUGCUGCAGUUUCUCUUGUAGUUUUUAUAAGCCAUGUUCACUUUCUAUCUGUCAAUUUUCACCUGCAGGUUCUCUGCAUAGUCUCUUUAAAGUAGCAACCUCCAUCUUUCUCUUUGUUUCAUGUCUUUCUCUUUCACUUUUAUCGUCAGUCAAACCUCAUUCUUCACAUGUCACAAAAUCAAAACGGCUCACCCUACCUACACACAAAUCAAAACCUCCUUUCCAAUCCAAACUUGCCCCCAGCAUCCACCCACGAACAAAACAAGGCAGAAGCAUUUCUUUUUGAUACGUAAAGCUGCCAGCCUACAUCAUUCUUAGGUCCUCAAUGGUCUGACAACUCUCCCAUUUUUCAUACAUAGUUCUUUACGAAAAAAUCAAAAGCAAGACCAAACAAGUGACAUUACCAACAAAGAAUCAAGGUGGCAUAUCUAUAGAACUAAGAUAGUAGAUUGACACAUAAAUAGCAAAAAACUAUUAAGAAUAAAAUUGUCAAACAAGAGCGUUUGCCUUAGGAUAAAAAUUGCCAAAAGGGGCCUCAAAUACUUGAGAAAAUAAGUCUAAAUUUUGCCUCAGCGGUGUUGCCAUUUCUAACAUGGGAAUAUAUUAAAUAUCCCUCUGAUAUAAAAAAUAUAUUCCUCUACAAAGUAUUAUCUUAAUUAGUACCCUGCAUUGUAACCCACAAUGUUUUAAUGUGUUUUGUAUCAUCAAUCAGAAAAGCAAAAAUCAUAUAUAUGUGUGUGUGUGUUGAAACUGCUGUCUUGUUGUAGGCUCUUUGUUGUUUUUUUAUUCAUCUGCAUAGUAACUUCUCCCCUGUAUAUGACUUCACCUAAACUGCCUCUAUAGUUAUAUUUUUUAGCACCUGUUCUUGCAUGAAGGGCUGUGAUUGGUGUGCUGUUUCAGAAACUGGUGAACACAUGUAACUUUGGUGGAUCAGCUGCUGCCAGAUCUGGAGUGAGCUGCAUUAUUUGCAUCAAUGUACUUAUAGUUUCCAGUGCAUUUUUCUGACUGGAUUCCCAACAGUUUUUAACUGUUCUUCUCUCAUUGACUCUGUGUUAGGUCACUCGGUUCAGCCGGCAUUUGACUCAGGUCUGCAGUGGGUCUGAAAUCCCACAAGUGCACAGCAGUGUUUGAAACAGCACUGAACCUGCUUGAUUCGGCACCUUGUAGAAAUUAAUGGGAUUCGCAGUGGCACUGCGUUAAUUGUGCCAAUGCCCGUAAUCUUGAAGUCAUUAACUAUUAAUGUCUCAGAGUCAGUGUGUAAACACAGCUUGAUCUACAGGGUUCCCCAGUAAUGGUCCAAAGUGUUAUAACAGUUGUUACAUGCAGGUCUACAUGUGUAAAAUGUUUAUAUGGACUCAUUUUCAGACAUUUAGAGACGUACAAACACACAUAUUUUGGAGCAUAAUGGGGAAAAUACAACUCCACAAAGACAGUAAAUGUUAACUUUCUAUAUUCUUUUUAUAACUUGUCAAAGGCAGAUUGCCAAGAAAAUAGCGAAGAAAAAACCCCCACAUUUCAUCACCAGUUUUCUAAAAGAAGUUUCUAUCCAUUUGCUGAAUGUUACUUAGAAACUCAUGAGAGUGUGGAGGGUCUCGCUGCACCCGACGCUAACUCCUUAAACACUCAAAACAUUUACAGGGGUGCUAAAUCAAGCGUAGUUGGAAUGAGAUUGCCAAUUACCUUGAAGGCAUGGCGAGCAGUGGAGUAAGAAUUAAAACAAAUCCCAUUGAAACACUGGGCGGCCCUCGCUGGGAGACCUCUGAGUGAGAUUGCAGGGAUUGGCUGCUAUAUUUUAUAUGCUUUAUUUUCUUAUGUUGACAUUUUUAUCCCAUUAUAAAUACAUUUCUAAAAACAAACUCCAUUCUGUGGGGUUCUGGGUUUGUCUUUUCUUUUCCUCUAAAUUAUUUGACCUUCCAGUCUGUUUCGAUCUGCCAUGCUAAAAAGCCUCUGAGUGCACUUUGUUUCCCAGUUCUAAUAUUCAGCCAGGAGAAUAUUCUGUUUUUGUUUUGAAAUGCAGGGAAGCAGUAUGAGGAUGUAUGGGGUUUCUAGCUGAGUAAACAUGAUGAUUUGCUGAGUGAACCAGAGGGAACCGAUGCAUCUACCUCUUUUCUCUCCAGCAACUGAAUUAUUGUCUGCACUCUUGUGAAUCCGUUAAACAGCUGAGAACUUGCGUGGGUGUGAAGACUUAACGGGGGGCUAAUGAGUUUAACAACUCACUCGUGCUAUAUUUGCUUCCACUCAGCCGCAGUCCAUCUAUCACUGUGAUUUUCAGUGGAUAUUUCUGCCUCCUCAGGAUAGUGAUUGAGUGCCACACAACAAAUAGCAUCUGAUUUAUGGUUUAAUUCAGACUCCCUCUCUUUCCUCUGAGUGCUUGUCUCGCCAUCUUUCCAUGACAAGUUUAGUCACCAGCCUGCAUGUCACAGUGCAUCUUCCCUGCACUCACAUAACUCAUUACAAGAGUGACAAACACACCUCAACACUCACUACCACCUGUAUGUCACUGAUGUGUCAAGUUCAUUUAACUGUGCUCGUGCUUCUGCUGCUCCAGGUCCAUAAAUUCAUCCCAUCUCUACCUCCAGUGACGAGCUUAACUGCUGCUGGAUUUAUGGAGGCCAUGAUGAGCACCGAGUGCCUGCAGAGGUGUGUGAAAAUCUGCUUUACUCCUCUAGUUUACCCAAUGUAGCACAUAGCAAUACCAAUUUCCCAAAAGCUGAUUGUUAUGCUGCCAAGAUUUUGACCUUUAAUAUGUUGAGUCUGAUGCAUUUUGCUAACAGCUCACAUCCAAAACAUUUAAAGAGAAACUUUUUCAAUCAGCCCACUCAAUGUAAACAAAUGUUUUUUGCAUUUCCCUCACAUAGCAUUCUUAUUUAUUGAGCCUCACACGCUCUGUUCUAGGAGGCCUAAAGAUGUUUAUCGUAUAUAUUUCCAAUAUUUCCCUGCUUCAGAUCUGUAUUUGUUAUGAUUUAAUUGCUUUCUAACAGCAGUUUUCAGAUGUAUUCAUCCCAUUUCUACUGCUUAGAUUGCAUCUCUUUGUCAAGCACUUCCUUUCUGUUCUCUGACAAUAGAUUUCCCAAGGUUAGCAGCCUGCAUGUAUACAUCCAACCCCUAACAGCUGCUAAUGAGCAGCAGAUCUAAGGAUACCAAUGUAGAGACAUAGCAGUCAGUCAGUGGAACCGACCUAAUUCACAGUGACACAGGUGCACAUUUUUAAGCGAGAGCUUUCCCAUUGAUUUGCUGGCAACUAAUUGCUAAAGGCUUGUUGUGGUGGUGGUGGUGGUUUUCUCAGAGAAAAGGUAUUCAGAGUGAAAGAAUUUUGUUCAAGGUGAAGCGCUGUCGAGGCUGUUAUACAGCCUUUUGUUCUUGACAGUUGUUGUUGAACUUAUUGACCAAAACAUCUUAGCAUUGUUUGUCUUUCAGAGAAAUAAAAUGGAGCUUCAUUUA